AUGCUCCUCAACGAGAAAGCAUUCUCCCUUGAGCUAGGAAGGUAUUUGCUCGCAAUUCCUAUAGUCAUUGUUCUCUGGCUUUGGCGUCAACGUCAACGCCGUGCAUUCCCUCCCGGUCCUCCUGCUAGGUUCAUAAUAGGCAAUAUUCUCCAAGUAUCUCCCCUGGGUGCUUGGUUCAAGUUCUGCCAGUACAAGGAGCAAUAUGGUGACCUCCUGUUCUUCCAUGGUCUUGGAAACCACGUCUUGGUACUCAAUUCCAUGAAGGCAAUCAAUGACCUUCUCGACAAGCGCAGUGGUAUCUACUCCAACCGGCCAACCUUCACAGUAGUCAGUGAACUCAUGGGACUUAGUCAAAGUAUGCCGCUCCUUCCGUACGGAGAAGAAUGGCGGGCGCAUAGACGACUGGCACACACCGCCCUCAGUCCCGCGGCUGUGAAGCGUUAUCAUGGCGUCCAGGAAGAUUUGGCCGCUCUACUCUGCCAACGGCUACUCCAGUCACCCGAGGAUUUCUUCAACCAUGUUCGCCUUAUAGCGGGAAAUGUUAUCUUAUCGGUUGUGUAUGGCCUCCCUGUUGAGACUGCCGAAGACGAGUACAUCGCUCAUGCGGAGCGCACCAUGCAAGUUAUCAGUGAAGCUACGGUUCCCGGGGCGUACCUGUGCGACCUCAUGCCUUUCCUGAAACAUCUCCCUUCGUGGGUGCCUUUCCAGCGAGAGGCAAGCACGGGCCGCGAGAUGAUUGAGCGGCUCGUUUCGAAGCCGUAUGAACACGUGAAGCGCGAGAUGGAUGCUGGCAGGGCGCCUCCGUCUAUGACGCAAGACUUACUGUCCGUGCGCAUAAAUGACAUGCAGGACAUCGAGCAACGAAUCAAAUGGACAGCCGGUGCUAUGUAUGGAGCUGGCGGCGAAACUACAUAUUCGACGGUGCUUGUAUUCAUAAUGGCAAUGGCGCUGCAUCCGGAUAAGCAGCGGCGUGCGCAACAAGAGCUCGAUAGCGUCGUCGGGACCGGGCGCUUUCCUAGUAUUAGUGAUCGCGCGCACCUCCCGUAUGUCAACGCGGUGAUCAAGGAGACGAUGCGAUGGCACCCUGUCCUUCCGCUGAGCAUCGCUCGCAUGUCGGCGCAGGACGACCUGUACAACGGAUAUUAUAUUCCAAAGGGCACUAUCGUUAUCCCGAAUGUCUGGGCUGUCGCACUCGACUGUCCCCAGGGGACAGAAUUCAUCCCUGAACGCUUCCUAGGUGACGAUGCCCCUAUCGACCCGGCCACCUGGGCAUUCGGUUUCGCGAAACGGAUCUGUCCCGGAAAGUAUCUAGGCGAGAAUUCCGUCUUCAUUCUCAUUACGACACUGCUUGCGAUGUUCGACAUUAUGCCCGAUCCGUCCGAGGACCUACGUCCGAACUUCACGCUCAACCUCGUGAGCUACCCGCAUCCUUUCAAGUGCCGUAUACAGCCACGGUCUGAAGCGCACGCGCAAAUGAUGCUGCUACGAGCGAGCAAUUACUCUGCAUAG